ACCUCCACACGGGCUCGUCCUCGUCCCCGCUCAGCGUGCCCAAGAUGGAUGCGCUCAUCAUCCCGGUGACCGUGGAGGUGCCCUGCGACAGCCGCGGCCAGCGCAUGUGGUGGGCUUUCCUCGCCUCGUCCAUGGUCACCUUCUUUGGCGGGCUCUUUAUCAUCCUGCUCUGGAGGACCCUCAAGUACCUGUGGACCGUCUGCUGCCACUGCGGGGUCAAAAACAAGGAGGCCCAGAAGAUUAAUGGUGGUGGGGAGACCCAGGCGGAUGGAUCCUGCAAACCUACAGAUGAGAAAGAGGAGACUGUCGCAGCAGAAGUGGGCUGGAUGACCUCUGUGAAAGACUGGGCAGGAGUGAUGAUAUCUGCCCAGACUCUGACCGGCAGAGUCCUUGUUGUCUUAGUCUUUGCUCUUAGUAUUGGUGCUCUUGUAAUAUACUUCAUAGAUUCGUCAAGCCCAAUAGAAACCUGCCAGAAUUUCUACAAAGAUUUCACAUUACAGAUAGACAUGGCUUUCAACGUGUUCUUCCUACUCUACUUCGGCUUGCGUUUCAUUGCAGCCAAUGACAAGCUAUGGUUUUGGCUGGAGGUUAACUCAGUGGUAGAUUUCUUCACAGUCCCUCCGGUGUUUGUGUCAGUGUAUUUAAACAGAAGUUGGCUCGGUUUAAGAUUUUUAAGAGCCCUUAGACUGAUACAAUUUUCAGAAAUUUUGCAGUUUCUGAAUAUCCUAAAAACAAGUAAUUCCAUCAAGCUGGUGAAUCUGUGCUCUAUAUUUAUCAGCACGUGGCUGACAGCAGCUGGGUUCAUACAUUUGGUGGAGAACUCAGGGGAUCCAUGGGAAAAUUUCCAAAAUAACCAAUCACUUACAUAUUGGGAAUGUGUAUAUUUACUAAUGGUUACAAUGUCCACUGUUGGCUAUGGAGACGUUUAUGCAAAAACAACCCUUGGUCGCCUUUUCAUGGUCUUCUUCAUCCUCGGGGGAUUGGCCAUGUUUGCCAGCUACGUCCCUGAAAUCAUAGAGUUAAUAGGAAACCGCAAGAAAUAUGGUGGUUCCUAUAGUGCGGUUAGUGGAAGAAAGCACAUAGUUGUCUGUGGUCACAUAACACUUGAAAGCGUGUCCAACUUCCUGAAGGACUUCCUGCACAAGGACAGGGAUGAUGUGAACGUGGAAAUCGUCUUUCUGCAUAAUAUCUCCCCUAACCUUGAACUGGAAGCUCUUUUUAAACGACACUUCACUCAGGUGGAAUUUUAUCAGGGUUCAGUUCUCAAUCCACACGACUUGGCAAGAGUAAAGAUAGAGUCAGCAGAUGCGUGCCUAAUCCUUGCCAAUAAAUACUGCGCUGACCCAGAUGCUGAAGAUGCCUCCAAUAUUAUGAGAGUAAUUUCCAUAAAGAAUUACCAUCCGAAGAUAAGAAUUAUCACUCAGAUGCUGCAGUAUCAUAACAAGGCUCAUCUGCUAAAUAUCCCAAGUUGGAAUUGGAAAGAAGGGGAUGACGCAAUCUGUCUUGCUGAGCUCAAGCUGGGUUUCAUAGCCCAGAGCUGCCUGGCACCAGGCCUCUCAACAAUGCUCGCCAACCUCUUCUCUAUGAGGUCAUUCAUAAAGAUUGAAGAGGAUACGUGGCAGAAAUACUAUCUAGAAGGAGUCGCGAAUGAAAUGUAUACAGAAUAUUUAUCUAGUGCCUUUGUGGGUCUGUCCUUCCCUGCAGUUUGUGAACUGGUGUUUGCGAAGCUAAAGCUCUUAAUGAUAGCCAUAGAAUACAAGUCAGAAAAACGGGAAAGCAGUAUAUUAAUCAAUCCUGGAAACCAUGUCAAGAUUCAAGAAGGUACUUUAGGAUUCUUCAUUGCAAGUGAUGCCAAAGAAGUAAAAAGGGCAUUUUUUUACUGCAAGGCCUGUCAUGAUGACAUCACAGAUCCCAAAAGAAUAAAAAAAUGUGGCUGCAAACGGCCCAAGAUGUCCAUCUACAAGAGAAUGAAACUGGCAUGUUGUUUUGAUUGCGGACGCUCUGAGCGUGACUGCUCUUGCAUGUCAGGCAGUGUACAUAGUAACAUGGACACCCUUGAGAGAGCCUUCCCACUUUCUUCUGUCUCUGUUAAUGAUUGCUCCACCAGUUUACGUGCCUUUGAAGAUGAACAACCGUCAACACUGUCACCCAAAAAAAAGCAGCGAAAUGGAGGCAUGCGAAAUUCACCCAACUCCUCACCCAAACUGAUGAGGCAUGACCCUUUGUUAAUUCCCGGCAACGAGCAGAUUGACAACAUGGAUGCCAGUGUGAAAAAAUAUGACUCCACAGGGAUGUUUCAUUGGUGUCCAGCCAAGGACAUUGAAAAGGUCAUUUUGACCCGGAGCGAAGCAGCGAUGACUGUGUUAAGUGGUCAUGUGGUCGUUUGCAUAUUUGGGGAUGCUACAUCUGCAUUGAUUGGAGUGAGAAAUCUAGUGAUGCCAUUACGCGCCAGCAACUUUCACUACCAUGAACUCAAGCACAUUGUGUUUGUGGGGUCACUUGAAUAUCUGAAAAGGGAAUGGGAGAUGCUGCAUAACUUCCCCAAGGUUUCAAUCUUGCCUGGUACGCCAUUAAGUCGGGCUGAUUUAAGGGCUGUCAACAUCAACCUCUGCGACAUGUGCGUUAUCCUGUCAGCCAAUCAGAAUAAUAUUGAUGAUGCUUCGCUGCAGGACAAGGAAUGCAUCUUGGCGUCACUCAACAUCAAAUCUAUGCAGUUUGAUGACAGCAUUGGGGUCUUGCAGGCUAAUUCCCAAGGGUUCACGCCACCAGGAAUGGAUAGGACAUCACCAGACAACAGUCCAGUCCAUGGUCUGUUACGGCAACCCUCGAUCACAACGGGAGCCAACAUCCCUAUUAUAACAGAGCUAGUAAACGAUUCAAAUGUUCAGUUUUUGGACCAAGAUGACGACGAUGACCCAGACACAGAACUGUAUCUCACACAGCCAUUUGCAUGCGGAACCGCAUUCGCCGUCAGUGUGUUGGACUCCCUCAUGAGCGCUACAUACUUCAAUGACAAUAUCCUCACGCUGAUACGGACGUUGGUAACAGGAGGAGCCACACCAGAGUUGGAAGCGCUGAUUGCUGAGGAGAAUGCACUGAGAGGAGGCUACAGCACACCCCAGACACUUGCAAACAGGGACAGGUGUCGAGUUGCUCAGUUGGCUUUGUAUGAUGGGCCAUUUGCAGACCUAGGGGAUGGUGGUUGUUAUGGAGAUCUAUUUUGUAAAGCACUGAAAACAUACAAUAUGCUUUGUUUUGGAAUUUAUCGAUUGAGGGAUGCACAUCAAAGUACACCUAGCCAAUGCACUAAACGCUACGUGAUCACAAACCCACCCUAUGAGUUUGAGCUUGUGCCCACAGACUUGAUCUUCUGUUUGAUGCAAUUUGACCACAACGCUGGCCAGUCCCGAGCCAGCCUCUCUCAUUCCUCCCAUUCUUCCUACUCCUCCAGCAAAAAGAGCUCAUCAGUGCACUCCAUCCCGUCAACAGCAAACCGACAGAACCGCAGCAAGACCAGGGACUCCCGGGAAAAACAGAAGUAUGUUCAAGAAGAUAGACUUUGAUAUGUGUACCCAUCCCUACCCUGUGUGAAACUUGCAUCUGCCACCCAUUCCUCCCUGUUGGUGUUUCCCUGUUUUUCCCAUGGAGUUCUUCUUUUUUGUACACAUAUUUUACAUAGCUAUGACAGUGUGCAUGUGAGUGUCAUUUUUAUUUCACCACCAUAAAACCCUUAAGCACAACAGCAACAAAGCAGACGGACCAAAAGUUAUUUAUAAUGCUAAGGAGGGGAAAAAUCCUAAACCCACAGGCAUGCCAAAAGCAUAAAUAACUCACCGUAGCAACUACUCUACAUAUCCAAAGAUAGAAUGUGUUUAGCACGAAUGCUUGUUCAUAAAGUCAGUCACACAAAGCACGUAAUUUAAUAAAGAAAUAGUGAUAUAUUGGGGCUUUUGUUUAAACACACACAAGAUAUUAGAAAGCUUACCCGUUGAACAAAAACUUCUACGCUUCAAGUAAAGAUAGCGAUUGUUUCACCGUCAAAGCUGAAAUAGUCUAGUCUUUCACCAUCUGUAUAGAUUAUUAAGCACCAGCUCUACAUCAGAGACUUGUUCUCUCUAAGGCUAGGUCUCGAGUAUGGGGCUUUAUUGGAAAAAGUGACGCGCUUUUCUGCCAUAUGGCCCAGUCUAGUUGGGGCCAAAUGGCGGAAAACCCUCCUCUUUUGGUGGAGCCCUUAUCCCUUGUGGCAUGAGGUAUACAGGGCUUCCCGAAAGAGAGCAUUUGCUCUUCUGCGAAAAAAAGCGGAAGAGCAAAUACACUCCCUGGCUGUGGCGGGAUUUUUCCAGGAUGCCUCUGGUAUACCAGAAAAACCCUGUAGUCUAGACGUAGCCAAAAAGGACAGUAUUUUAAAGCAUGUCCUUCCACAUCUCCUCCCUGUACCGCUGACAUUUUCCAGGCGUGGAGUUGUAAAACUUUUAACUUAAAAAAGUGUCUAAUUGCAUGCUAAAUUAUUAUUCUCACUGUUUAUACUGCCACAUGAGUAGCUAUAUUAUCCUUCACUUGUGACAUUUGGGAUGAAAAGCCAUAUGUAUCAAAGAUUGGAUGUAAGUCUUAAACAUGGCAAAAAUAUUUUUCUGAGCAGUGUUUUAGUCUGAAAAGAUACCUUAUGUACAAAGAUGUCUACAACCUGCCUUUCUAGGACUUUAAGUAUCAAAACCAAAGUAUCAGUCUUUGGGGGAUGAUGAUAGGCUAGCUUUGGUAGAUCUUUCACUGGCCGCUCUAAUGAAUAGGAGGAAAUCGUCGGCUGUGUUCUGGUUUGUAAAGGACGCAUGCAUUAGGAGAAGCACAAGGGAGAACGAUAGUUUCUGUGGGCCUGCAGCAUAAGAAGCUGUGGAGGGGUGAGUUACAGAGCACAGCCCACACAUGAAACUAUAUGCCUUCCCAUGGCCAGAAGUGAGCAAAUCAGAGGCUGUGUGUGCUAGGCUGUUCCUAGCUACAAUACUGGUGCAGUAUCCUGCCGUUGCCAGAAUUAAAUACAUUUUAGUGGCUUCCAAUCCUAGCUGCCCUUUCUUUAUUGUAUCUUGAAACCUAUUUUAAAUGCCAGCAGCAGGGGGGACACUUUGAAAUCACACUACCUACUUUGUGACGAGCUGCCCAGCCCAAUAGGCAUGUCUCUAGAAAACCGACCGAGGAGGUGUAGCAUGGUAGUUACCCAACAGCAAGAGGUGUUUUUAUGGUUAGCGCUGUUUUCUCCUCUCUCCCUUCCCCGAGCAUGGUAAUUUUAGAGCUUUGCUUGCUGUGUGAAUUGACAAUGAAGUCAAGCACUUUUACUGACAAAACCUGGUAUGGUACAAACGGGGCUACCCACAGUGCAUCUGUGCAGUGUUAAGAAUAAUGAUUGGAAUCAGAAAUUAUUGCGUAUGUGUUUGUGCAUAAUUGCAGCCAAUUAGUCCUCCCGGUGGAAGAUGUUUCAAAUUAUGCUUGUCCCCUGUCCCAAAAAUUCUUGCCUCUGAAGACACACUCAGGUAUUCUUUGAAAACAGUUCUGAGGUUUUGCCCUAAGAACAUGCAUAAUGACGAGGCUGUGCCAGUUAAAGUGCUCAACCGGAAAUUUGACAGUUUAAAAGCAUUGUAAAACUUACAGAGCUUACUUCUCUUUCUAAAGUGCAACAAGGAUGAAUAGAAUGGGCCAAGGUAUGACAAUUAAUGGUUCUGCAUGACCUAGCAACGGCUGUGGGGUUCCUUCUCUAAUGUUGUCCUUGUGAAAACUUGUGAAAUUAAAAAAAAAAGAAGUUAAAAACUUUAUUCAGUUAUUGGGGGUGUUUUUUAAUUGUUUUGCUUUAUUUUUUCCCCUAAAUCAAAAGUAAAACUGGCUGCUGCUGCUGCUGCUGUUGCUCCACCCUGUUUUAUUUUUCUCCUCUCAUCUGCUUGGCGUUUAACUGCACGCGCCCUCUGCUAACCAUCUACGUACCUAUGUAGUAAAAAUGUUGACCUGUUACAGAGCUCAUUUCACCUUGCCAAAUUCUCAUUUCCAUUCCGCUUCGCCCCCAAACCUUUUAACCAAGGCCCUGAACUUUUUUUUUUAAUGUUGUUUCCAGUGGCAAUACUGAUGUUGUUACCAGUUGCACACUUUUUAGCAGCGUUGCCACCUAACAUGCUUUUCUCUUCCCAUUUCAUUUCAUUUUCCUUUGAAUGGGGCGUUAAUAUGGAAUCAGUUGUCACGUAUCUGAAAAAUAGAUUUCAAUGCAUGCACAAUUAUGCAAAUUCUACGAUAUGAUCAUUUCUGUCUCAGGCAGAAAGUGAUGGACAAUGAGAGAACUAAUCUGUCCACUUCUGGAACUGAGCAGAAAAUGAGACACUAAAUGUAAGAGCCUAUAUCGAAUUCCAUGGUUUUACUAAGGACUAGUUCGCCAUGGGAAUUUUACAUGCAGAAGAAGUGAAAAAGGAUUUGAGGAUUGGGCCAAAUACAUUUUUAUUGCUCUCAAUAUAAAAGCACACUGAAUUAUAUGUAGGAAUCUAGCUCAGUGUACAAAAUAACCUGCGUGUUGACUAUUUAUUUUCUUUGCAUAUGACAGUCUCUAAUAGACAUAUUUUAUUACAUUUUCAAUGACACUAUGGAAAUUUUCAAAGGCUAGAGAGCCCCAAUCUAGUUUAAACAAACACUCUAUCAUCCCAGAGAUCCAAAGCUAUCUGAAGUCACGAAUAGCUGUCAAUUCCCUCUCCCUUCCCCCAACUCCUUUCUAAUUGCCAUUCCUGGUAAACUCAUGCAUUCUCACCCUGCUGGUGAUUAUGGUCCUUAUAUUUGUAAAAGUAACCAAAAACUACACUGAUUUAGCUGAGUUACAGCAACAUUUAUAUGGCUAUUCUAGGCCAAAUGCAUCCAAUGUUUGCUCCACUCAAAAGGGGAAAAACUGUACAAUGGGUAGAAUAUUGCAGAGUACUUUUAACCAAAGGUUCUCUUAGAACUUUCAUGCAUUUCGAAUAAAAGAUACAUAACAUUGGUUUAACGAAUACUCCUGUAAAGGAAAAGCCAGAGGGAGUUGUAUCCCUUAUAGGAACAAUUAAGUGAAAUGCUCAGGUUUCUAUGGUAACAGACCUUUCCACAGUUCAGAUACUGAGCUUGGUUAGGUGCUUUCCAUAAGUUCUGUAGUUUUAUGUUCUCUGUACUUUCAUGUUCCCCCAUAACAUGUUAGACUCUGAUUGGCAAGGCAAAACAGGAAGGAACUCUUAGCUUUUGCAAAGUAGUAGUGUAGUGUAUGGGGCACUUUUGUGUUUGCUGGGUUUUGUGCGUCUAUGUCGUGAUAAACAUUACUUAAUGAUUGGACAUAGCCUAGCGAGCGUAUGGGGUAUCUGACACUGCCAAGCAGACUUUCACAUCCCCAGAAGACAGCAGGCCCUGCCUGGCCUUCCGUAUAAAGGCAAAGCUGCCAUUAACACCACAGGGAAUUAUGCUGAUUGGGCCCCAAAGACAGGGCUUCUUUUUUGUCGUUGUUCUUACAAAAUGCAUAUGUGCAUCAGUUGACAGCACGUUUGUAUCAUCUAAUCAACUGCUAGCUGAGCCCUUCUAACCACUAGUAUGUGUACAAGGAGAGCUGCAUUAUAACCAGUCACAGACAUUUACAAAUAAUGAGAGCCGUUUCACUGAGCGGCAAAUUGAGUAUCAUAAAAUACUCCCCUGCCAAACUAACAACCCUGGUGGGUGGUGAAACUUCUAAUAUUUCUUACUUAGACAAUCUCGCAUGCAGUUGCUUCCUAACACCACCAUUUAAUUUUAAAUAAGCUGCCUAUAUUGUUACUUUGUUGUUGCGAGCUGUGGUUUGAAGCUAAUGUGUGAAAGGAAAACAUUUUCUCGGCUGAUACAGAAAAAAAUCAGCCGAGCACAUAACAAGAAUAGGCUCUGACUUCCCCGCUAUGGGUGUACAGUAUCUUCCUUGCUUGUCCUCAGGGGGUGAAGGUACAGGCAUGGCUUUAGGGAUUAGCGCCUUCAACAAAAGUGAGACCGCAUCUGGCAAUGGAAGGGAGGGGGUGGUUAAUGCAUUGACUAGAUGUGGUUGAACCUUGCAAGGUCCAUUCAUGGAACGCACCCGAACCCCAUUUUUCAGGCUCAGUUUUAAAGCAGAUGGCAUCAGCCCCAAACUUGCAGGAUCCUCUGGAGGACCAAAUGCUAAUGGUCAGAUACCCACCUUUCCUCCCCACUUACCUUUGCAGUCUUCCAGAGGGCCUGACUAGUCAACCACAUGCACCAGGCAGGGAAAAGGGAAGCUGGCUCCAGGAAGUAUCACUUUUCCAUCACUGAUGAUGGGAGGGUUUUUCUAGAGGAGGAAACAGGAAGGGCCCCCAGGUUAGAACACUGGACGUGCCUUUGCAGCUGAACAAUAAAACAUCUGAACUACUCCAUGUUUCACUGGCGGCUGUGCUGGCAAUUCUGGUCCAGUGACCUCCUUGGCCAGCUGCUGGAACAGCAGCGUGUUCCACCCUAAAGUACAAGGCAGGGAGUGGGACAACUUUCACUGGAGCAUAUUUGGAUUGGACUGAGGGGAGCAUUUCAACAGCCACCGAGCCGUAGAACCUGCCGUGAGCUUAGCAGCUAUUCUGCCCAUCUCUGGAGACUGACAAAUGGGCCGGCAGAAAGUGAUUGCAAAGAAAAUAAUAUAAUGAAAGAGAUCGUGAGGCUUGAAGGUAACGAUGCAGAAGAGCUUGCACCUGGCUCUGAAGGGGAGAGGAGUCUGGCCAUGAUGAGGGCAGAAAAGAAAGAUGAUCUGAGCAGCUGAGACAGAAAAGGUAAGGUAUGAAGCUGCCAGGAAGGGGCUGAUGAGUCCCAGCACAAGAGAGGCCCCUGCAAGGGCCAGAGUUUUUGCAUGCAGGAAGGAUGGAAUUAAAAAGAAGAAAAUUGAAUGUACAAGCAUUUUAUAUACAGUGUGAAUGCACCAGGGUAUUGACAGUGUCUGUACUUUUAAAGGUCUCCAUGGAUUGUACGGGGAAGACAAAUAUAUUAGCAAUUACCUAGUGAGGCUGCUGCAAAUUUCCACGAAAGCUGGGUAGAUGGAAAAGCUUUUCAUCUGCCGCUGGAAGGGGAGGACAUGUAGUUCAUUCUCAUCCUUCGCACCAACACUCUGUCGUCCUUUUGACACCGACUGAAAGAACUUUCACCAAGUUCUCCCUGUAAACAAAGCGUGUGCAGCGGUAUGCAAAAAAAAAAAGUCGGAUAAAAGUACACAAUGCUUAACUUGCCUCAAAAUCAUUUUAAACACAGACCAUUUGAAAACUGUUAGUUUGAAAUUGUUUAUGUGAUCUUGCGAGGCUUUUAGAACAUGAUAACCAUCACACUUUAAACUAACCUUUCAGAGAGGUGUAAUCGUAGAUCACAUAAAAUUGGUUUCCACAAAUGCAUAAUGGUUCGUGUGUCAUACUUGAACUAAAUGGUUUUUUAAACGGAGCUGAAAUUAUUUUGAUGUCUACACAUUCCCAGAUAUUUUCCCCUACCCCCUUUUUGUAAACCAGCCCCCGUCAGACAUUCCCUUAAAGUCUCAUUAAUAAUUCAAAUGUUCUGAUGACUUUAAAAGAUCUUUGGAAUUGAAGCUUUUUUUAAAAAAAAAUACUGCUUGACAAAAAGAUAAAUGAAUGUAGAAAGAAGCGGUAGGAGUCUGGCAAGCUGUAGAUCAUUUCAGAACAGAUUGUAACUUUAUCAUUCUGUCAGGAAGAAUAAUUUAAAGCACUUAAUCAGUUAGCUUCACUGUGCAGGAUGUAACAUUAUGAAUUCCUAUCGUUCAAUCUGUUCAAAUCAAAGGGAGCUUAAUUAUAAUAGGUAAGGGGAGGGGAGCUUAAACAUUGCUUAUUUGUUUCCCUAGUAAAGUUGCCUGAGUUUGAACACUCUGACCGCCAGUGAGUACAAAGGCUUUAAGGUGACAGGAGAAAACAAUAUACAGGUUGAAAUUUUCUACCCAAGCACCACGCAAAUAUGUCGCAUCUACAGAAUUCCAGCCUAUGGGCCAAUCCUCUCAUUUGUCCCCAGGAAAAACGACGAUUCAUUUUUGCACGGUACCUCUCCUCUCGCCACUAUUCUGUAUUUGAGUCACGGGAUGCGCAGCUCUGCUCUAUAAACAAUUGAAGGAAAAUCUCUAGUUAAAAAUUCUAUAUGAGAAAUCAUGAAUCUAACGUGCUGUAGAGCCAGGACCAAAGCCUAAGAGGUGGCGGCGUGCUGUGUUUUGUCUCCCAGUGUCCCCCCACUCCCUCGAAUCUCAAUUCUAAAAUUGUUUCCACAUUUGCACAAAUGGACCCGAAACAAAAGGAAAAGCCUCCCCAUUUUUCUUCCCCUUUUUUGCCUGUCAGUCGUCCCUCCCUCUGCUUCGCCUGCCAUGCUACUAUUCAUCAUUAACAACCCAUUCAGACUAACGGAAUGUUGGGGUUAGUCAGCUGAUCCAUCUGUAGCUGCAUGUAAUGAGAAAGUUCAGCAGCAUUCAAACAGCCAUGAUGCCAGGGUCCAUUCCUAGAUGUAAGAGGCAAGGCUUUGGUGCUAUCCCCCCUUUGAGGUCGCUUCCAACCCUAAUCUUCCGUGAAAGAGGUUCAGAAGGCCACCUGGUCCAACCUCUCGCAUGAAGAAAAACUCACCCUGACUAAAGCAUCCCAGCCAGGACUUUGUAUUCUAGUGCCCAACCCCGCAGGAAGGAAUUGAAAUGUUUCCCACAUCGUUAACAUGGUUUUUCAGCUUUAUCCAGCUCUGCAUUUCUAGCAAGGGCUGGAAGCAGACGUACAAGAAACCCUGCACUGGUGUGAUUCCUGAGCCAGUUGUGCAGACCCCACGAGGUUGACUUUUCAG